AUGAACCUUAUUCAUCUAGCUUCUGAGAUCAGUACGAGUGCUUUUCAGAUUUUGAUCUUAUCACGUCUACUCGUCACUGUUAAUGCAUUGUUUACGGCGAUAUUCUUACUAUGUUGUCGGUCAAAGAAAAAGGCUUACCCAUCAGCCUUCAUGGAGGGUUACGGUUCGAAAGAUGACGCUCCUGGAACACCAGAUGGAUCGCGUGACAACCAGUUUCGAGCACCAGAACAAAACAGAGCUCCCCAGGAUUACCCAGCACCUGCUGGCGCCAACAAUGCGGACUUCCAAAACAGAGCAGCCGAAUACGGUGGUCCUGGUGCAAGGGGUGGAGGUGGGUAUGGAGGAGCUCCGCCACCAGGGCAACCAAUCGUUCCACUAAAUAUCAGACCUCCACCUCCUGCUCAAAACAAAAUGGCCGGUACUUUUGAUCCGAACUACCAAACGUUAGCCGCACUGAAUAAUGAAGAUGUUUUCAAAAGAAAGGACGCUGGUGGAGGUCCCUUUCUCAGAGGUCCCGUUGGCGGUAGUGCCGAAUACAACGGGGGUGCAGGCAGUGCUGAAUACGGGCGCGGUGGAGGUGCAGGUAGUGCCGAGUACUUGCGCGGCGGCGGUAGCGCCGAAUAUCGCCGAGGUGGAGCCGGUGCUGGGGCUGCUGCUCCCGCUCGUGCACCAGCUGUUCCCAUUCGAGCACCGGCCGCUAAAGGAAAAGUGGCCGCGUUUGAUCCUAAUUACCAAACUCUCGCGGCUAUCAACAACAUAGAUGUCUUCAGAAAGGGCAGUGGCGAAGCUUUUGGUGCACGAUACUAA